CAAAGUAGUCACACUUCACAUGAAUGGCCAUCAAGGACCCCAUUAGACCUAUCCAUGAAAUUCUUUUAUAACCAGUUUAGUAUUUUCUAAAACAAAAACAGGUAAAGAUAGGGAUGCCACAACUAGCAACCAAAACAGAGGGAUAAUUUGAAACCCAGGUUUUAUAAAUGAGUUUAUAAUGUUUAUAUAUCACUUCUUCAAAUGUAAUAUGUAUAUAGGUAUGUAUAAUAUUUCAGGAAUGAAUAAUAUAUUUAUUCAAUAUUAUUAAAAGUUGUCAUGUAUGCUAUUAAAUUAUAGAAAGCUUUUAGCAUAAGAUGAUUAGCCAAAAAAUAAACAUAUUUGCAGCAUAUAAUUAAGUGUAACUGAAAUAAUAAAAUAAUACCUUACUGGGAUUCAUACCUGCCUUUGAAGCUGCACAAACUCUGAACAUGCAUAUCAUGUUGUAUUCUAAUUAAUAAUUAGAUUUUUGUUAUGAUUACAUGAUUGGGAAACUUAUUAAGUUUCCAGAACAUAUACACGUUUUCUAUAUGAUAAAACAUUAACUCAAAAUAACAAAAAGACAUCUUAGCCUUCGCCAACAAAAAGAUAUAUGGUACAUCGACCAACUACUUAACCAUUUUGAUUGACCAAUUGUGUCAUCUUCACUAUGAAAACAGACUUACAAGCAUUAACAAUUAAAUAGGAAAUCAUUUAUGAUUUAGAAACAAAAAUUAUAACACAUGCUUUCUUCAACAAUCUUAUAUGAACAACAAAAACUGUUUUAACCUUUGAAAUAUUAUUUAUUUUCGUCAAUCUUCUAUUAUACACAAGGAGGAGAAAAUGUGAACAGUAACCAUGAACAGUGUUCUCGCUCAAAAACAUCACCAACACAGGUCGGGUCAGGUCUGCAUAGGGUCGGGUCAGGUUUUCAGAGAUGGGCCGGUGCAAUGGGUUUGUAGUCUGAAAUCAUGUGGCUAAAAUUUUGCAGCAUUAAAUGCAAUGGCCAUUUCCAGUAAAGAAAUUUGUUGGGCUCAAUAAAAAGGACAUGUGCAGCAUUAAAUGCAAUGGCCAUUUCCAAUAAAGCAAUUUGUUGGGCACAAUAAAAAGGACGUGGGGACAAUUAUAAUAUUAAAAGGGACUAAUAAUAUUAAAAAGGACAUGCUGAGUUUUACACGGUUACUACUACUCUUUUGUCCAAGGAAUAACAGAUUGUUGUCUGAUGCACACUAAUUAGUAGUGCAUAAUUACAUGUUUUUAUGUUUGAUUUAUGUUAAUUGUUUGACGUUUUAUUUAGUUUGUAAACAUUUAUGUGAUUUCAGUUGUAAUUGUAUUUUAGUCUUUAUUUGUUAGUUGUAAAGUUUAGUUAGGAUUUGUGGUUUUGGAAAGGAAGACUUUGAAGUGAAGAAAAAGAAGAUUUGGCUGCCCAGGAGCAAAUACCCGACCGGGUAUAAUACUUGACCCGGUCGGGUAAGAAGUGAAAAACGAAAAUGCAAAGAAAGUGCAUGGCCCGGUCGGGCCCACUACCUCACCCGGUCGGGUCUGACUUGACCCGGACACUUUGACAUGCACCCGGUCGGGUGAGUACUUGACCCGGUCGGGUACCCGGCCAAAGGUGUUGAAAAACACCUAUAAAUAGCACACUUUUUCUUCACAAAAAAAUAAUCCCUUCUUCCAUACUCUUUAGCUCAGUUUAGAAUAACAUUUCUUUAUAUUUUUCUAGCUAUGUUUAGUCUCCAAAUGAGGAGCUAAACUUCCAUUCUUGGUGUUGCUCUUGAAGCUUGUUGAUUAUUAAAGUUGUGAGUUAUUUUCUUAACUUCUUUCCUUGAAUAUUAAUUAAUAGUUCUUUCCUUAAUAUCAUCUCUAUAUUAAUGUUGGGGAGUGUUGCUAAGAUGACAAUUAGUUAACAUCUCGACAUUAGUUAGAAUGAUGUUUUCUUCCUCUAUAUUAAUAUUGAGGAGUGUUGCUAAGAUGACAAUUAGUUAACAUCUUGAUAUUAAUUAUAGUAGGAUUCAUCUUCUUUAAUAAUAUUCUUCCUUGAAUAUUAAUUAAUCCCUACUCUUAUUUCAUAUUAAUAUUUUGAACAUUACUUAAAGGAUCAACUAGUUUUGUUUCAUAUAUUAGUUAUUACUAGAAACGAUCAACGAACCGAUGGUUAAUCAUUGAUGGUUUCACAAGUAAGUAACUUCGGUUUAUUAAUGCACGGUCGUGGUUAAUUAACUUAAGAGGGAUUAAUUUUAUUGGUUAAACCGAAACCGCUUGUGUUGAGGUUAUCAAUCUCAAUUGAUUUCAUCAAGGAGUUAGAAAGAUUAAAUUCUACUAUUAAAUCGGUAUAAGGCGUUGUUCUAUAUUUGAUUAAUAGUAAGGGUUAUUAAUGAACGGUCGUUGUUAAUAACUACCCUCGAUGAAGUGGAUAUACUCCCCGAUUGAGUAUUCGAGAGGGAAUAAGUUAUAGAUAUGACGAUGAUCGACUAAAAUAUAUCAACAAGUGGAAAGUAGCAAUGCCAAGUCCUUUUUAUCUUUCAAUUAAACACUUAUAGGUUGUUCAUCUUAGUUCUUAAUUAAAUUAAAUCACUCAACCCAAAUCCCCCCUUUUUAUUUACUAAGUAUCAUAAAAAGAGAAUUAUUCCUUUCCCUGUGGAUACGAACUCUACUACGCUAUACUACGUAUAAGUGUUAGUAUUGAAUUUAUUUUGACGCACCGUGACAAAGUGCUCGUCAAAUUUGGCGCCGUUGCCGGGGAAAGACAAUUAUUUUUCUUUCUAUUUUAUUUCAAAGAAAAAUAAAAAAAAUUAUAUAUAAAGAUUUCUAUUUUGGCUGAGCUUUGUUUGAGUAUAUGGUUAAACACCGAUCUAUAAACCAAAUCACCUACCAAACAAAGCUCGAAACAGAACAAGCCUUCGAGAGGUUCAGGAAUCUAUUUCCGAAUACUUCUUCGGAGGAAUCAUCAAGUGCUAGUUCUCAUUCUAGCGAAUCCGGAGAGUCCUUCCACAUGGCUCUGGAGACAAGAACGUUGAGGGAGCUCACGGCUCCGAAUCUAAAUCAACAACCCUUAUGUAUCACUUUUCCAACUCUUGAUACGGGGGUCACAUUCGAGCUAAAAUCUGGGCUCAUUCAUCUACUUCCCUCUUUCCAUGGCUUACGAGGGGAAGAUCCAAAUAAACACCUGUCAGAGUUCCAUAUUGUGUGCACAAGCAUGUGCCCUAAUGGCGUGUCCGAGGAGCAAAUCAAGAUGAGAGCCUUCCCAUUCUCUCUCAAAGACACCGCCAAAGAUUGGUUAUUUUAUCUUCCCUCGGGGAGCAUCAAUACAUGGGUUCAAAUGAAGAAGAGCUUCCUUGACAGGUACUAUCCCGCAUCUAUCUCUUCAAGUCUCAAGAAGCAAAUCAGCAACAUUGAGCAAGCAGAUAAUGAGACCUUGUAUGAAUAUUGGGAGCGCUUUAAAAAAUUAUGUGCUAGUUGCCCAUAUCAUGGAUAUUCAGAACAAGAUCUCAUCCUCUACUUCUAUGAUGGACUUGUUGAUCAAGAUAGACGCAUGGUGAAUGCGGCAUGCGGAGGGGGUAUUGUCAACAAAACCCCUUCUCAAGCAAGAGACCUCAUUUCGGAGUUGGCCGAAAACUCGAGACAUUACAACGGAAGGUCAUCAUCGAGACGAGUCAUGGCAGCGGAAUCCAACAAUUCGUUGGAAAGUCAAGUAGCCGGCUUGACUUCUUUGGUUAAAGAUUUCCUUUUAAAUCCAAAAACCCAAGAAGUCAAGGUCUGCGGCAUCUGUUCAACGCAAGGGCAUCCCACAGAUUCUUGCCCGACACUACAAGAAGAGAACUCCGAGCAAGUCAAUGCUUUGGGGUUCCAAGGUCAAAGGAGGUACGAUCCUCAAGGAAAUACUUACAACCCGGGAUGGAGGGAUCAUCCGAAUUUAAGGUACGGAAAUUCUCAAACAAAUCCUCCCCCUCAACAAUACAAACCCCAAGGCCAAACAUCGAACUCGAGUAUGUCCACCGAAGACAUGAUUCGAGCACUGGCCGUUAAUAUGGGAACAAUGCAGCAAAGCAUGGGGCAAUUCCAACAAACAAUGAUGCAAUUCCAACAUGAAACCAAGUCGAGCAUUCAAAAUUUGGAAACUCAAGUUAGCCAAAUUUCAAAUGCCGUAAGUCGACUUCAAGCAAAAGAUUCGGGUAGGCUCCCCUCCCAAACUGAGCAAAACCCAAGACAACAUGUCAAUGCAAUCAUGUUGAGGAACGGUAAAGAAUUGCAACCACGGGAAGUUGAGGAGGAGAAGCAAGAGGUUGAUCUUGAAGAAGGCUUUCAACAAGAAGAGGAGAAGCCAACGAAGACUAAAUUCCCUCCACUGUCAUCAUAUGAACCACUCCCUCCAUUCCCUGAGGCAUUGAAAGACACGAGGAAGCUGAAGAAUGAUCGGGACAUCUACGAAACAUUCGUCAAUUCUGAGGUAAACAUCCCACUCUUCAAACUGAUCAAAAGUGUUCCCCGUUAUGCAAAGUUCUUAAAGGAACUAUGCACAAUGAAAAAGAAAAAUAAACUGGAAGGGAAACAAAAAGUUGAAGUGAGUGAACGUGUCUCGGCCAUUUUUAAAAAGAAACUCCCUGAGAAAUGUAGCGAUCCAGGCAUGUUCACUAUUCCUUGCAAAAUAGGGGAUACCUUAUUUUCUAAGGCCUUGUUGGAUUUAGGAGCGUCAAUAAAUGUCAUUCCUUUUUCUUUGUACAAAUCCUUACAACUCGGCCCACUACAUCAAACUGGUGUAGUGAUUCAACUAGCGGAUCGGUCUAAUACCUACCCGAAGGGUGUAGUAGAAGAUGUGCUAGUAGAAGUAGAAAAUUUGAUUUUCCCUGUCGAUUUUUAUGUUCUGGAAAUGGGUGAUGAUAAUCAAACUACACCCAUCCUCUUGGGUAGGCCUUUUCUGAAAACCGCAAAAACAAAAAUAGACGUGGCUAAUGGUUCAUUAACUUUAGAGUUUGAUGAUCAAAAGGUAGAAUUCAACAUUUUUGAUUCUAUGAAAAAACAAAUUAAAGACCAAUCUCUUUGUGCUCUAAAUGUUUGUGAACCACAAACCCCGAAUAUUUUUGUUGGAAAAAAAAAUGAGAAAAUCAAACUUUUUGAAAAAGAAGAAUUAUUCAAAUUUUCAAAGAGAGAAUGGAUCCCACCUGGGAUUGAAGUGAUACCGGAAAAGAAAUCCCGGCCUUACUGGAGAAGGCCGAAAAGGAAAAAUGAAACAAAGGAUGUUCACGAUCCCACAUAAAAACAAAAAAAAAAAUAUAAACUAAAAAUAACGUCGUGCCGCGACAUUAAAUCAAGCGCUUCUUGGGAGGCAACCCAAAUCUUUAUUUUUAAUUUCAUUUUUUUUUCUCAGUUCGUGUGUUUUAAUUUUUUCAAAAAAAAAAAAAAAAAAGAGCCUGGGCUGUAACCCGGCCGGGUAUCCCAAUCAGCCCGGUCGGGUUUACUAAUAAAAAAGGAACACCCGGGCACAAGGCCACCGGGUUGCUAGCAAAAACAAAAAAAAACAUAUACCCGACCGGGUAUAUCCAAAACCCGACCGGGUAUGCACAUAUUUUUGGCUCUGAACACACUGGAAUGCAUACCCAUUCGGGUAGUUCUGAAACUCGGGCGGGUACGAAUUUAUUUUUUUAAAAAUCAGAAAAACCUGACCGGGUACCCUAAAGCACCCCACCGGGUACUCAUUCCAGUAGGUACUGGAUAACAGAACAAGUUUCACCCGACCGGGUACACCACUUCACCCGGCCGGGCUACCGAACUCAAAACUUUCUGCCUGACCAAAUAGCGUUCACCCGACCGGGUAAACUAUCCCACCCGACCGGGUGAACGGGAAAUCAGCACAUUACCAGGUCGGGCUCACCCCUUCCCCUCCCACUUCUUCUUCCUCCCAACUCCAAAAUUCCCAAAAUCCACCAUUUUCAAACACCCAAACCUUCGAAUCUCCCCAUUUCCUUAAUUAAAUCCACUAAAAACCCCUAUUUUCUUCAUCUCCUCACUUCCCUCUCCAUCUCUAUACCCAUAAAAUCCCCCAAAACCUUCCCAAUCAACAAAACCCAAAAAAACCCUACCCAAAAUUCGAAAUCCCCAUUCUUGGACAUUCAAGGUCCGAAAUCUCCCCAAAAAUCCUCAACCAAUACCAUAUUCUUACUCUCCUCACCAUCCUCUUCAACCCCAUACCCAUAAAAGCCAUCCAAAUCCCACCCUACCCCAAAGUCCGAAAAUCACAAAAAAAAAUCCAAUUUUUUUUUUUUUUUUGAACUUCAAUGGCUCCAAGAAAGUCAAAAGCCUCUUCCUCAAGGGGAAAUCGAGCUAUCCCACCGGUAGCGGGCUAUGAGAGCGUGGAGUUUGCUACGGAGGCUCAACGGAACAACUUCAUCAACCAAUCAAAAAGGGAGGUAAAGCAAUCCCGUUUUAUGUGCUUAACUACUUUAGUGCUACUAUGGAUUGAUACUGUGAUGCGUGACAUAUUUGCAAGAAUUGGAAUAUCUAGAAUGUUUGAAAUGCAAUAUGUGACAUAUCCUCAUUUGGUGUAUGAAUUUUUUAGCUCAUUUGCGUAUACAAAAGAUGUGAAUGAUCAUGCAAAUGACAUAAUCACCUUUCGUUUACUAAAUGAGGAUCGUUCAUUAACCAAACGAGAAUUUGUUCAACAUUUUGGUCUCCCAUGGUUUGAUGAAGCACGUACAUAUGAUUCUCUUGUGGGGUAUGAAUUGUGGAGAAGAAUGACCGGCAAGAAUGUGGUUGAUCUAUCUAAAUUAAGUGUGAAUCGUGUGCAACAUCCGGUCUUCCGACUAUUCUUAAAAUUUUGCUCAAAUUGUUUCCUCGGAAGACCGAAUAAUCAUCACACACGUAUCUGGGAUGUGUGUGUUCUAGCACAAGCUGUUUUGCCGGGUCCAAAUCAAGUUGAUGUUGCCACCAUCUUAUGGACUCAUUUCAACAACGUGGCAACAUCAACAGGACUAAUUGCUAUGGGGGGCCUCAUCACACAUCUAGCCACUUUAUAUGGUUUUAUAGACCCCGGCCCCAUCACCUCAAGACACCUUAUUUGCACUGAAUGGCUUUUACAAAAGACGCUAGACUUGGUCCCCUCACACACAACACCAACUGGGGCACACAUCUAUAAUUGGCGCAUUCUCCCACACACUUCCAUCUACCUCCAGAUACCCUCAGCCGACGUCCCCCUGGAUAUCAUCAAUCACCAAAUCGGGGAUGGUCAUCACUAUUGUCUUCCCGGGGCAAUCCCGGAUCAUUAUGAAGAACCCAUCCACGAUGAAGAUGAUGAAGAACCCCCAAUCAUACCCGAACAACCACAACCUCAAGCAUUCCACUACACACAUUUCGAGCAACAAAUGCUCGAUAACAUGGUCACGCUCAACCAGAGCAUUGUGAGGAUGGAAGAGCAGCGGCAAGCAGACUGGCGUAGGUAUGAGGAAGACAGACGGAGAUCUGAGGAGGAUCAGCGUAGAACCUUUGGUCCGAUAUACUCAUAUAUAGCACACCAGGGCUCCUUUUCCUCUAUGACCACUCCACCUCCUGCACCAUCAUGGUAUGACCCCUCUCAGUGGGAUUUCUUUGGAGGAUCGAGCUCCGGUGGUGGAGGCUACGAUGGUGGUUAUGGCGGGGAUCACAUGGAUGAGGACGGACACCAAGGUGGAGGUCUAGGCGGACACUAGGGACAGUGUCAAAUCCUAAGUGUGGGGGUGAAGAGAUCUUCCCGGUAUGUUCACAUUCACACUCUUUAUUCUUGUUAUCUCAAAAAAAAAACGAAAGCUUGUUGAGUUGAAAACCCACAAAGGGCAGCUUAAGCAAAAAUAAAGCAAAAAUAAGAGUGAGUUUGUGAGAUUUGAGAAAAAAUAAAAAAAUAAAAAUAAAAAUAAAAAAAUGUGGGAAGCUGGGUUGAAAACCUGAAAGGGCACCUAGGCAAAAUGAGAGAAUGAGAGAAAGUUAUUUCUUUUGAUUUUGCAGGAUCCUGAGGGCGAUUACUAUUGAGAGUUCGGAUUAAAAUUGAAGACCCAUCUUUACUUUUUUUGUUUUGGAGAUACUUUAUGUAUUUGUUAUAAACACUUGUGGAUAUUGGUGCUGCUACUCUUGUCAUUUAGGACUUCUUGGAUUUGAUUUGAUUUACUCGAGACGAGUAAAGGUUUAAGUGUGGGGGUGUUUGAUGCACACUAAUUAGUAGUGCAUAAUUACAUGUUUUUAUGUUUCAUUUAUGUUAAUUGUUUGACGUUUUAUUUAGUUUGUAAACAUUUAUGUGAUUUCAGUUGUAAUUGUAUUUUAGUCUUUAUUUGUUAGUUGUAAAGUUUAGUUAGGAUUUGUGGUUUUGGAAAGGAAGAAUUUGAAGUGAAGAAAAAGAAGAUUUGGCUGCCCAGGAGCAAAUACCCGACCGGGUAUAAUACUUGACCCGGUCGGGUAAGAAGUGAAAAACGAAAAUGCAAAGAAAGUGCAUGGCCCGGUCCGGCCCACUACCUCACCCGGUCGGGUCUGACUUGACCCGGACACUUUAACAUGCUGAAGAUCGCCAGAACGUGGAGGAUAUUUGAUUUUGACAUGCACCCGGUCGGGUGAGUACUUGACCCGGUCGGGUACCCGGCCAAAGGUGUUGAAAAACACCUAUAAAUAGCACACUUUUCUUCACAAAAAAAUAAUCCCUUCUUCCAUACUCUUUAGCUCAGUUUAGAAUAGCAUUUCUUUAUAUUUUUCUAGCUAUGUUUAGUCUCCAAAUGAGGAGCUAAACGUCCAUUCUUGGUGUUGCUCUUGAAGCUUGUUGAUUAUUAAAGUUGUGAGUUAUUUUCUUAACUUCUUUCCUUGAAUAUUAAUUAAUAGUUCUUUCCUUAAUAUCAUCUCUAUAUUAAUGUUGGGGAGUGUUGCUAAGAUGACAAUUAGUUAACAUCUCGACAUUAGUUAGAAUGAUGUUUUCUUCCUCUAUAUUAAUAUUGAGGAGUGUUGCUAAGAUGACAAUUAGUUAACAUCUUGAUAUUAAUUAUAGUAGGAUUCAUCUUCUUUAAUAAUAUUCUUCCUUGAAUAUUAAUUAAUCCCUACUCUUAUUUCAUAUUAAUAUUUUGAACAUUACUUAAAGGAUCAACUAGUUUUGUUUCAUAUAUUAGUUAUUACUAGAAACGAUCAACGAACCGAUGAUUAAUCAUUGAUGGUUUCACAAGUAAGUAACUUCGGUUUAUUAAUGCACGGUCGUGGUUAAUUAACUUAAGAGGGAUUAAUUUUAUUGGUUAAACCGAAACCGCUUGUGUUGAGGUUAUCAAUCUCAAUUGAUUUCAUCAAGGAGUUAGAAAGAUUAAAUGCUACUAUUAAAUCGGUAUAAGGCGUUGUUCUAUAUUUGAUUAAUAGUAAGGGUUAUUAAUGAACGGUCGUUGUUAAUAACUACCCUCGAUGAAGUGGAUAUACUCCCCGAUUGAGUAUUCGAGAGGGAAUAAGUUAUAGAUAUGACGAUGAUCGACUAAAAUAUAUCAACAAGUGGAAAGUAGCAAUGACAAGUCCUUUUUAUCUUUCAAUUAAACACUUAUAGGUUGUUCAUCUUAGUUCUUAAUUAAAUUAAAUCACUCAACCCAAAUCCCCCCUUUUUAUUUACUAAGUAUCAUAAAAAGAGAAUUAUUCCUUUCCCUGUGGAUACGAACUCUACUACGCUAUACUACGUAUAAGUGUUAGUAUUGAAUUUAUUUUGACGCACCGUGACAAAGUGCUCGUCAAAUUUGGCGCCGUUGCCGGGGAAAGGCAAUUAUUUUUCUUUCUAUUUUAUUUCAAAGAAAAAUAAAAAAAAAUUAUAUAUAAAGAUUUCUAUUUUGGCUGAGCUUUGUUUGAGUAUAUGGUUAAACACCGAUCUAUAAACCAAAUCACCUACCAAACAAAGCUCGAAACAGAACAAGCCUUCGAGAGGUUCAGGAAUCUAUUUCCGAAUACUUCUUCGGAGGAAUCAUCAAGUGCUAGUUCUCAUUCUAGCGAAUCCGGAGAGUCCUUCCACAUGGCUCUGGAGACAAGAACGUUGAGGGAGCUCACGGCUCCGAAUCUAAAUCAACAACCCUUAUGUAUCACUUUUCCAACUCUUGAUACGGGGGUCACAUUCGAGCUAAAAUCUGGGCUCAUUCAUCUACUUCCCUCUUUCCAUGGCUUACGAGGGGAAGAUCCAAAUAAACACCUGUCAGAGUUCCAUAUUGUGUGCACAAGCAUGUGCCCUAAUGGCGUGUCCGAGGAGCAAAUCAAGCUGAGAGCCUUCCCAUUCUCUCUCAAAGACACCGCCAAAGAUUGGUUAUUUUGUCUUCCCUCGGGGAGCAUCAAUACAUGGGCUCAAAUGAAGAAGAGCUUCCUUGACAGGUACUAUCCCGCAUCUAUCUCUUCAAGUCUCAAGAAGCAAAUCAGCAACAUUGAGCAAGCAGAUAAUGAGACCUUGUAUGAAUAUUGGGAGCGCUUUAAAAAAUUAUGUGCUAGUUGCCCAUAUCAUGGAUAUUCAGAACAAGAUCUCAUCCUCUACUUCUAUUUCAGGAAGGAGUUUAUGAAAAAGUUAAGGGUGGGGUGCUAACUAUGGUGAGAAACACUAAUGCAUCAUUUAUUUUUUGAAAUCAUGUUUCCACACCAACAUAAAACCAUUUUAUAAUUGUUUAUUUCAUGAUUUGAAACUAUGACAGGCUGAACAACUUGGAUUCUUCAAAAACUUUUCUUAAAUAACCAAGCAAUUUCGUGCAGGUUUAGUAUUUUCUAAAACAAAAACAGGUAAAGAUAGGGAUGCCACAACUAGCAACCAAAACAGAGGGAUAAUUUGAAACCCAGGUAUAAAUCAUGAAGACGACACAGGGAUUUCACAAGGAUGUGUUACAUAAACAAACGCAAAAACAAUAUUGGGCUUCGCAAAGAAGUACUAAUAACCAUAAACCAUUUCAAUAACAGUGCAUUCAAGUACUUUAACACAAUUUGGAUUUUGGACUUGGGCACAUAAUGUCGUUAAACUAAUCACUUUCAUUUGAGUGUGUAUAUGUGCGUAUGUGCAAUGCCAUUCAAAAGCUUCACUAUAUAGACUUAGUUUUAUACAUAUGUAAAUAGAAUACGUAUAUAUAUUGAACUAUAGUUCGAUAUAGUUGAAAUAAACUACUCCCUCUGUAUUUUAAAGUUCUCUACAUUAGGUUUGGGCACAACAUUUAAGGGAGAAAUAACAGGGGUAAUGAAUAGUGUAGAAAAAUCAGAAGAGAAGGUGAAAAAGUAUGAAAGAGAAGAUAAAAAAGUAGAAAAAGUAAGGGUAAUUGAGUAUUUUUAAAGGAAAAAACUUACCAAAAAGGAAAAUUG